CUCCUCCUCCUGCCUCCGGUAUAAAACCACGCGGCGUCGCGGCGAGCGGAAGCUUCUCUCCUCUUCCGACCCCCUCGUCGUCGUUGUCCCGGGCCCUCCGGCGAGGCGGGCCCCACCGCCACCGCUGCCGUCGUCGUAGCGGUGUCAGCUUUCCGCCUCUGCUUCGCGCUGCGGGGCGUCGUCACGCUUGGUUUCCGCAAUGGACGAAGAGGUCGGCCCGGCCGCGCGGCAGGACCAGUGGAAAAGUUACUGUAGAACUGUCUCUCUGCUAGCCUUUCAGAGCUUUGGUGUGGUGUAUGGAGACUUGAGUACAUCCCCCCUCUAUGUCUUCAAAAGUGCAUUAUCCGGGAGGCUGAAUGAUUAUCGUGAUGAAGCAACAAUAUUUGGAUUGCUUUCGCUGAUAUUUUGGACUUUGACACUUCUUCCAUUGCUGAAGUACAUCGUAAUUGUAUUGGGUGCAGAUGAUAAUGGGGAAGGUGGGACAUUUGCUUUAUACUCACUUCUCUGUAGGCAUGCAAAGUUCAGUCUGCUUCCAAACCAGCAAUCAGCAGAUGAAGAGCUUUCAACGUAUUAUCAGCCUGGAGUUGGUGGCACUGCUUCCUCUCCAUUUAAAAGAUUUCUGGAGAAGCACAAGAAGCUGCGGACCUGUUUACUUCUUUUUGUUCUGUUUGGUGCAUGCAUGGUGAUAGGUGAUGGUGCCUUCACACCUGCCAUCUCUGUCCUGUCAGCCAUCUCUGGGCUAAAGGACCCCGCCCCAGGAGGAAUACCAGAUGGCUGGGUGGUGUUCAUUGCAUGUGUUGUGCUUGUUGGCCUGUUUGCGCUGCAACACCGAGGAACUCAUAGGGUGGCAUUUAUGUUUGCCCCCAUUGUUGUUAUCUGGCUCUUGAGCAUUGGUGCGAUUGGGCUUUAUAAUAUCAUCCACUGGAAUCCCAGAAUAUGUCUGGCUCUUUCUCCACAUUAUGUUGUAAAGUUUUUCAAAAUAACUGGAAAAGAUGGUUGGCUUUCUCUUGGAGGAGUACUUCUUGCUAUGACAGGUACUGAAGCUAUGUUUGCUGAUCUUGGCCACUUCACUGCAGCGUCUAUUAGGUUGGCUUUUGUUGGUGCCAUUUAUCCCUGUCUUGUGCUGCAAUACUUGGGGCAGGCAGCAUAUCUUUCCAAAAACACGUCAGUUGUAGAAAAUAGUUUUUACCAAUCUGUACCAGGACCUCUGUUUUGGCCAGUGUUUGUCAUUGCAACUCUUGCUGCUGUUGUGGGUAGCCAGUCUAUCAUAUCGGCAACCUUUUCAAUCGUUAAGCAAUGUCUUGCUUUGGGAUGUUUUCCACGGGUUAAGGUUGUGCAUACAUCAAGGUGGAUCCAUGGUCAGAUUUACAUACCUGAGAUUAAUUGGAUUCUGAUGGUUAUUUGUCUAGCUGUGACACUUGGUUUCCGUGACACGACACUUAUUGGAAAUGCUUAUGGUCUUGCGUGUAUCACUGUGAUGUUUGUUACCACCUGGUUGAUGGCAUUGGUUAUCAUAUUUGUGUGGCAAAAAAACAUACUGCUUGCCUUGUUAUUUGUCGUGGUGUUUGGGUCAAUCGAAGCCGUCUACCUAUCAGCAUCAGUCAUCAAGAUUCCUCAAGGAGGAUGGGCUCCAAUCGCACUUGCAUUCGUGUUCAUGCUCGUCAUGUACGUAUGGCACUAUGGCACUCGGAGGAAGUACUUGUUUGAUCUCCAAAACAAGGUUUCGAUGAAAUGGAUACUGACACUUGGUCCGAGCCUUGGGAUCGUCCGGGUGCCUGGAAUCGGCCUCAUCUACACAGAGCUGGUCACUGGGGUGCCUUCCAUCUUCUCGCACUUCGUCACCAAUCUGCCUGCGUUCCACCAGGUUCUGGUCUUCGUCUGCGUCAAGUCAGUGCCUGUCCCGUUCGUUCCUGCAGACGAACGGUACCUCAUAGGAAGGAUCGGCCCCAGGGAGUACCGGAUGUACCGGUGCAUCGUGAGGUAUGGCUACAAAGAUGUGCAGAAAGAUGACGAGAACUUCGAGAACCACCUGGUGAUGAGCAUUGCCAAGUUCAUCCAAAUGGAAGCAGAGGAGGCAGCCUCAUCUGGGAGCUACGAAUCCUCCGAAGGGAGGAUGGCCGUCAUCCACACAGAGGACACAACCGGCACCGGGCUGGUGAUGAGGGACUCCAGCGACGGGGCUGCAGGCACGUCCCUAACCAGGAGCAGCAGGUCGGAGACGCUCCGGAGCCUGCAGUCCAUCUACGAGCAGGAGUCCGGCGGCCUCAGCCGGCGUCGCAGGGUCCGGUUCGAGAUCGCGGAGGAGGACCGGAUCGACCCCCAGGUGCGGGGCGAGCUGGCCGACCUGCUGGACGCCAAGGAGGCCGGCGUCACGUACAUCAUCGGCCACUCCUACGUCAAGGCGAGGAAGAACUCCAACUUGCUCAAGACGUUCGCCAUCGACUACGCCUACUCGUUCCUGCGCAAGAACUGCCGGGGUCCAGCGGUGGCGCUGCACAUACCCCACAUCAGCCUCGUCGAAGUCGGCAUGAUCUACUAUGUCUAAAAUCGGAUCGAUUGCUUCCCUUGUCGAUCAUGCUUGCAGUUCUAUCCUGGUUCAGACAGGCUUUGUUUUGAGCUGAAUCCCCUCAACUGUGUACGUCAUUUUGUAUGCUGUUUUAUACAUGUAGUUGCCGAGUUACCAUGCGAUGUAAAGAUGUUGGCAGAAACUAGCUUAAGGUGCCACCAUCUGAAUUCCGGGGCUUUCGGUGAUCUUGUGAAUACAUAAUCUAGUUCAAUUGUUAAAAUGUUCAAUGUUUAGCACAUAGCAAUUAGCUACAAGUCUGAA